AUGACAUACGACUCUCAGGCAUCUGGCACUACGCAAAAGCUUAAGAAGAAACGCAGUGCCUUCGGCUGGCUCAAAAAGGCCUUUUCGCUUGAUGAAGAGGAGCGCAUGGCUUAUGAGGCCCGGAAGCAGCAGACCCUGCAGAACCCGUACUACGAUGCACGUAGCCCCAAGUACCUAGAUGGUAAGCGGGUUCGUUAA